UGACUCCAAAUGGCAGUUGAUCUGUCAUGCAUGACACUUCAAUUUGUUCGUUUCAUGUUGAAACGUCUUUUGACGCAUUAUUAAUUUAAUUAUUUGAUAUUUUUUCGUUUUAUUUUUAUUGUUAUUUAUUUUUCUUGAAACAAAUCGUUAUUACGAUGAGAGCGGUAUCUAUGAGAUCAUUUAAGUCGGACACCAGAUCAGAGAAUAUAACAUCGAAAAGUUCCAGUGAUGAUAUAUUAGAAAAUGCUGAUUUUGAUGAGUUUUUACAGGCCACCUGCAAGAAAUUUCAAUGUCCCACUGCGAUAGUAGUCGGCAGGGAAACCGUACGAGAGCCGCCACCUAAAAGUUCGAAGCAAAGACAAGAAUCUAGGAGCAAACGUGGGGCGGCAAUGGACGUCUUGCCAACACCUUCAACUCAAAAUUUGUCUUACCUCAACCCCUUCGACGAAAAAUAUCUCCUUGUCAUGGCCAUAUACGACACCCUUAACCACCUGAUCGAGAUCCUGCUGUCCAAGUAUAACGAUCAAGUCAUACCUCGCGUGCUGAUGCAAUUGAUAGCACUCAAAGUUCCUCACACACGACAUCUGACAAAGUUCACCAUACGACAAUGUCGUAUCGACUUGUAUACCAUCUACGAAUUAAAUAAGAUACUCGUGUUAUCCAAUAUUACUGAUAUAUGUUUGGAUCACUCUUACGUGAAGGAAGGUAUUUAUGAUGUACUGCUUAGUCAAAAAUCAUCUCUGCGAAAUCUAUCGCUUUCCAGGUGCUAUAUAAAUGAUCAGGUCUGCGAACGAAUUGCUGCAUGCUUACGUAGGUCAGAACCGGCGGAAGCUAGUUUGCUGACUCUUAAUCUAUCGUCCAACCAAAUCACUGAUGAGGGUAUGAAACAUUUAGGAGAAGCUCUCAGGGAUAAUAGACAUUUACGGUAUUUGAAUGUUUCCGACAAUCAAAUAAGUGAUGUUGGUGCACAGUACGUAUUUGACGUGUUACAAGAAUUUCUUUUGACUCGGGAAGAAAUCUUUGACAGACGUAAAUGCUAUGUACAGUAUUUGAAAAAAAAGACAGAGCUUUACGAACUGUACCUAAGCAAAUUCGAAGAAGAAAAUUCAAAAAGACUUGCUGCUAAGAGAAGUCUGACAGGGAGACCUAGAUUAAGCCCGAAGAAAGAUAAAGUUAGUAUACGAAGGGACAGCCGUCAUAGUACUUCUUCCAUCCUGAGCGUUAAGGCGCGAUCUAUGGUUCUAGAAAUACUAGGGCCUUUUCAACACCCUUUCAGUCCUGCUAUGGCAGUAGUAAAAGAUGGUGAUCUGUAUUGCAUUGGUAAUUUCACGCUUUGCUAUUUGAACUUGCGGUAUAACAAUUUGACAUAUAAAAGUGUUGACGCUUUGUUGACGGUCGUCAAACACCAGAAGAUAUACCGGACCGAGAAUCAAUGUGGCCUAGUGAGUGUUUUAAUCGAAGGCAACCAUGUGCCUGAGGACUGUAUAGAAUAUGCGUUGAUACACAAGGAAAUGAUGCGCUCAGUGAAUAGAAGGAAACUCCCCGAGGAUAAAAGUGUACCUAGUAGCAGAUAG